GUUUCAAUCAUCUCUAUUGUACAAAAGAAUGGUUUGAAGGCUGAUUCAGUUCUCUUCAAUGCCAUGAUGAAUGUCUUUUCUGAAUCUGGAAAUAUGGAAAAAGCCAUGAAGAUUUUUUAGAAAAUGAAGGAGAGUGGAAGCAAGCCCUCAACCAGUACUUUAAAUAUCCUUAUUAACGAGUAUGCAAAAGUUGAUGGGGCUAUAGAAUCUACAAAGUUAUUAGAGUUAAUGUCGCAGGAGGAAAACAUUCAACCAAAUGAUAGGACAUACAAUCAUCUAGUUAAAGCUUGGUGUAACAGAAAGAACAUAAAAGAGGCAAGGAAUGUGGUAUAUAAAAUGUUGGCAUCUAGUGGUAUCUAUCCUAAUGUUGUCAUGUACAACACAAUAGCAAGAGCAUAUGCGGAGGUUGCAAAGACAUAUAAGGCAGAACAAAUGAUAUUUGAGAUGCAAACUAACAAAGUGGCACCAAAUGAGUGUGCUUGUGGAAUCAUUGUGAGUGGAUAUUCUAAAGAAGGUAAUACGACAGAUGCCUUGAGGUUUGUCUACAGGAUGAAGGAGCUAGGGUUGUAGCCAAAUCAUGUAGUUUUCACCUCUCUAAUCAAAGGAUUUCUAGAUGUAACAGAUAGUGAUGGAGUUGAUGAGGUGAGUUCUAUCCCAUGAUGCUCAUCUAUUGAGAGAUAGCAAAGGUGUAAGGUUCACUCUACUCCUGUUGUUACUCUUCCAUUCUCCUUUCUGGUGCUAGAUGUUCUUAUUUCUGUUAUGGUUCUUCCCUUUUUGUAGCAGCUUACCCCAAGACAUGACUAAACACGAGAAAUUGAC